AUGUUCAGGUGGUGGAUUUUCAAACCAAAGCCAAAGCAAGUGUGUUACCCAAACAUAGGAUGUUUCAGCAACGCAGAGCCGUUCAAUAAUGCAAAGAGAACCUUGCCCCAGUCUCCAAGUACUAUUGAUACCACCUUCAACCUGUACACCAGACAAAACAGAGAUACCGCCCAGAUCCUGAAUCCUUAUGAUACAAACACCGUCUCCAGUUCACACUUUGAUUCCAGUCUGCCGACUGUUUUUAUUACCCACGGAUUCCAAGAUACAGCUAAAUCUGGAUGGCCACUAGAGAUGAAAGACGCCCUUCUCCAAAAUGGAGACAUGAAUGUGAUAGCUGUUGACUGGUCAAAGGGCACCCAAGGAAGAAUUUACCGUCAGUCCGCCGCCAAUACCCGCGUGGUGGGCGCCACCAUUGGAAACAUGAUAAAGGUUCUACGAGACAGCUUCAGCUUACCUCUGACACAGGUCCAUCUUAUCGGACACAGUCUCGGUGCCCAUAUCAUGGGGUACGCCGGGGACUGGGUGCGAGGAAUUGGCAGAAUCACGGGAUUAGACCCAGCUGGCUUAUAUUUUGAAAGGUAUGACACCAAAGUGAGGUUAGAGACUUCUGACGCAAAUUUUAUUGACGUCAUUCAUACCGACGGAGCCUCUUUGGCAGAAAUGGCUUUUGGAAUAAGGAUACCGAAUGGACAUGUUGACUUCUAUCCAAACGGGGGCACUAGACAACCCGGAUGUAAGCGCAGUUUAUGGAGCAACAUUCUGAAUUUCUUCCAAGGAAAAAUGGGAAAGAUUUCAUCAAGCAUAGCAUGCAGUCACAUGCGGGCUAUCGACUUCUUUACAGAGUCCAUUAAUUCCUCGUGUGAAUUUAAAGCCUACUUAUGUACAAGUUAUUUGGACUUCUACAGUGGCAAGUGCAAGUCAUGUGCUAAUGGCUGCAAUAGAAUGGGUUUCUAUGCCGAUAAGAAUGUUCACGGAAAAUUUUACCUGCAAACAAACGCUGCUCCUCCCUUCUGUAAAAGAGACUAAGUCUGGAGUUUGACUCCUCCGUUUUUUUUACCGGUGUUUUAUAAGUUAUAGAAUUUUAUAUUUGUAAACUGAAUAAAACUAAGAGCAUUUAA